AUGAAGACCGCUUUCGCUCUCCUCCUCACUGUUGCUGGCAUGACAGUUGCGGCAGGCCCAACUGACUUCGCCAAGGGUUCGGACUUGUCCAAGAGACAGAGGGGUCGUGGUGCAAACUGUGAUGACAUCGGCUCACUUCUUGAUGGCUUUGGCGUGGAUGGGUUUGUCUCCGGUCAGAUUAUCAACCAGUGCAACAACGGACGCAAUCAGCUAAGGAAGUCUGCUAAAGAGCCGCAAAUUUGUCUAGAAGAAAACCAGUUGACGGCUUAUGACUGGACUGUUCUUAAGCACCUAGCCACACUUUUGGGGUUCUAUGAGGAUGCCGUGAAGACUCUAGAAGGUGACGGUCAGCAGCGCAAGCGCAAGGGUGGAUGGGUGGGCUCUUAUGGGAAUGUAUGGGAAGUCAUUUAA